AUGAGGUCCUCAACAACCAUCCUCGCCACCUUGUCGGUGUUCCUCUCCAUCAUCAGCCCCAAUCUCGGAGCACCAUUCCCAGCGCCAGCUCCCAAGCCAGAUAUCCAAGGCCGCGCUUUCAAUUCUCGCUUCGCACCCAAAGCUCGCCCAGUCUUCCCCCGAACUGUCUUCGAUAACUACACGACGAAGAAGGACAAGCGAGAAGCCGAACCCGAGCCGAUCCCACAACCAGAGGCAUUGCCAGUACCACUACCACUGCCUGUGCCUGAAGCCAACCCUGCACCACUACCAGUACCUGAAGCCAAUCCAGCACCAGUACCAAUGCCAGUGGCCAUUCCUAAUCCAUUUGCACAACCCGAAGCUCUAGCUCAGCCAAUUGCUCAACCCGAAGCUCUACCCCAACCUAUCGCUCAACCUGAAGCUCUACCUCAACCAAUCCCCCAACCAGAGGCAGCUCCAGCAGCCAUCCCCAUCGCCAUCCCCGAAGCCGCUCCCCAACCAGCUCCCGUCCCAAUCCCAGAUCCCGUCCCCGUCCCAGCACCAAACCCAGUCGCCAUCGCCGUUCCUGAGCCCGAGCCACACGCCCCACGAGCUCCGCAAGAAAAGCGCGACUGGUCCGACUAUCCCGCCUACCCGGUCCCCAACGACAAGAGGAACCUUCCUGGUAUUCCACCUUUCCCAACUGCGAGCAUUGGCCUUGGCAUACAUCUCUAA